AGUGAAGACUUGGCUAAUCUCGUACAAAUUUUAAAGGACCAACUUUCCAAGUUACCCACAGAACAACCUCCGGGUAGCGAAGAUAUCUAUGACUUAGAUACCUCAAUUAUUUUUGCCUGCGAUGAUUUCGAAUGGUGCAAUGGUGGUCCAGGAGGCUGUGCACAAGGUCAAUCGUCUGUAAAAGCAACCGAAGAACAAAAGGAAAAGUUUAAAGAAUUGGUAGAGUUAUUG